AUUUUUAUUACCAGAAAUUAGAGUUGGGAUUAGGGUUCGUGUGUGAACAGUACACUGAUUGCAAAUUCAUCAUUUUUCUGUUUAAGGUUUGUUCGAGAGAUUUUAUUAAAACCUUCAAAUACUUGACAGAAUAUUUAAUGAUAAUUGCAAAAGAGAAAACGAUUGGGAUAUCAAUUGUGUUGAUGAGAAGAUAAACGAGAAUAAUCAGGUGAACAAAGGGGAGAAAUGGAGGACGAGGAGGGGGAGGAGCUAAAAGCGAUUCUGAGGGAAGCAUUUGGAGAUUCAUCAUCGGACAGCGACGGCGAAUCUUCGCAUCAUCGGCAAGGACGAGUUCAAGUCAGUGAUUCGACGGAUGAAGUCGUAAAGCAUCAUACGAUAUUUGGGGAUACCGAUAUUUGGGAGCCGAUUACUGAAAUCAAAGGCCUCUGGAUCGGCAGGGACUUUUUGUCUACCGAUCAGCAGGCCUCCUUGAUUUCUGCUCUUGAGAAAGAGGGAUAUUUGACUGAAGCCUCGCAAAAUCAGGCAAUGAGGUUUGGCGAUCUUCCCACUUGGGCCCUUGAACUCUCAUAUUAUAUCCGUGAGAAUAUUUUAUUAAGUGGUUAUUUUUCCGAAACCAUGGACUUUAUAUCUAGUGAUAACAGUAAAGAAUCUCAUCUAUUUCCACCGGAGUUAUUGUGGCGAGAACCUCUUUUCAACCAAUUGAUAGUGAACAUAUACCAACCAGGUGAGGGAAUUUGUGCACAUGUUGACCUUAUGCGUUUCGAAGAUGGAAUAGCGAUAAUCUCCUUGGAGUCAUCAUGUGUCAUGCAUUUUAGUCCAGCAGAAGCUGAAAUCAGUCAUCUUGAAAAUGUCAAGAAAGAAGCAAAGAUUCCAGUACUUCUGACCCCAGGUUCUGUAGUGUUGAUGUGGGGAGAGGCACGGUAUAUGUGGAAGCAUGAGAUAAAUCGCAAGCCUGGUUUUCAGACAUGGGAAGGGCAAGAAAUCAACCAGAAGAGGAGGAUAUCUGUGACUCUGAGGCGGCUCUGUCCAACGAGAUAGAAGCAAACAGCUCCAAUUGAGCUAGAGCAAAUCAUAAAUGCAGCGACGCCACAUGUACAACGCAUAAUAUUCUAUCUUAGAAUUCCAAUCAGCAAAAUGGCUCUUAGCGUAUUUGUCUGUCCAUAAAACCUAUGGGAGCUGUUGGUUGUGGGGUUAGAGAGAGCGCCCACGACGCGAGGAUGACGCGUUGCGUGUCCAAUUUAUUUCAAUUUUGGAAGACGUGUAUUCGUUA